GGCGUGUUUGCUAUCCCACAAUUCCUAGAGCGGGCGUCAGCAAAGAAGAACGAGAAGACGUUUUACAGUUGAGGUUGCUGUUGUCCCUCGUCCACUUUUUCGCCCAAUUUCGCCAAGCUGUCUGUCCAUAAGCCCACCAAAACCUGCCAGAUACACAAAGGAGUGUACGUAAUGGCAGACGGUGGGGAGGACUGCAGCGACUGGCUGCGCAGCUGGAAUCAGUUCGAGCAGCAGUGCGUGGAGGAAGUGGAGGGUGAGGGGAACAUGGAGGAGCGGCUAGCCGGGGAGAGAGAGGACGUGGCGCAGAAGCUAUGGCUCUCCUUCCAAAACUCCGCCACGGCCGUAGCACAACUCUACAAAGAUCGUGGGCAGGGCUCCCAUGUGUGGCAGGUGUUUCAGAACGCAGCCCAGGCUGUCACCCUCCUGUACAAAGAUAGCAUAGAUGCCAAUAAGCGGUCUGAGGACUUUGGCAUUCAGUGUGGAUACCAGCGGCGGACGCGGGACGUUGUUGCCUGGGCCAAGAAACGGCGUCGCCACAUCCGCAGGGAAGAACUGCUAGCCUUUCUGUGUGGAAAGACUGUGCCGUCGCGGACUGGGUCCCGCAGCCCGCCCCGCAGUGCACCGGGAGAGCCCCGCCUCGGCAUGUUAUUUGUCCCCUCAGAUCGUGGGCAGGGCUCCCAUGUGUGGCAGGUGUUUCAGAACGCAGCCCAGGCUGUCACCCUCCUGUACAAAGAUAGCAUAGAUGCCAAUAAGCGGUCUGAGGACUUUGGCAUUCAGUGUGGAUACCAGCGGCGGACGCGGGACGUUGUUGCCUGGGCCAAGAAACGGCGUCGCCACAUCCGCAGGGAAGAACUGCUAGCCUUUCUGUGUGGAAAGACUGUGCCGUCGCGGACUGGGUCCCGCAGCCCGCCCCGCAGUGCACGGGAGAGCCCCCGCCUCGGCAGCCAGGAAUACGCACCUUCACAUCAGUCCGAAAUAGAUUUACAGCCAUUUAAGGAUGCCAUAGCCUUACAAGGGUUGAAUGGAGCCAUGGCCAGUUUUGGACUUCGCACCCCAACCUCCCCCUCCCAUAACAUGCACAGCACCCCCAGUCGUAGACGGAACCUAGGAGAACUGCAUGCAUUUAUAAGUGAAGAGUUUGCCAAUCACAUGGACAGCAACUCUCCCAAUGGGCGAAAACGGUCCUCUGGGAACGACCUCCUCGGAGACUCUCCCGUUCACAAGAGAAGUCGACACCUAUGA